UACUCUUUCUCCGAUUCUUCCUUUUCAAUCAACUUCUCCUUUACAUUUCUUAUAAACGUCUAUCUCCACACGAAAACAACCUUUCCAGUCCUUCUCACCACUUCCACCAUGUCUCUCUUCGAGCGCACUACAAGAGAGUGCUCAACUAGACCCCCGCGACUCCAACCAUCCCCUUCACUUCCAAAUUUACGUCCAAGUCCGCGAGAGAUGGUUACAUCUCGCCACGUGCCUCCCCCGCAAUCGAAUUUGCGUAAUUCAGCUUCUCCAAUACCCCCGCAGCCCUCCACCAGCAAGGAUCCAAGUCGUUCAAAGACUUAUUCAAGGAAGUCAACCGCAACAAGUCAUUACCUCACCCCACCCCUCACCCCUUCGUCCUCUCUUCAAAGUGACAGCACAGAUCACGAAUCAACAGAUCUCAACAUUCCCAUUGCUGAUCUCACCCUCGCUGAUGCUCCUCCAGAAACUAAUCAGCACAGCAGGUUUCUGAUCAUCGGAAAUGCACCCAGUGAUUUAUCUGAGGAUGUCAUUACGCAAUACUUUAAGACUCUUUCAUCUCCUGCCGUCACUACACCCAGGGCGUGGGCCAUGUCAUCUCCCAACCGCCGUUUUCCGUCCAUUCAAAAAAUCUUCCAUAGGAGUCCGGAAAAUCGCGAUUUUAUAGUCGCGUUUUAUGACGUACGCGAUGCUGAACGUGCCAAGCACAUUAUCGAGUCAAGGGCACGUAAACGGAUUCAAGAUGAUGGUACAAAAGCCAUCCCGCCUACUGGCGUCGCUUGGCAAGAGGCGUUAACGUGCUGUCUUGCUGAAACUGGUCAUUGCGCCGAGCUUCUGGAUACGUUGUCCCCCGUGUUUAUGACACAGACAGAGGGCGCAUUCUGCAUAUCUGUUAACGACACUUCGCCCACUCGAGAUGCUUCUCGCAUUCGAACCCGGAGGCAUUUCGCUAUCCCGGUCAGAAUCCGGAGUCUAUUGGAAAAAUAUGGGGACGUCAAGGUCUUCAACCGCAUUAACGAAGACAUAGAGAGCUCCACUCAGAAGUCCAGAAGGACCCCUUGUCAUUUGGUAGAGAAUGCGAAAUCGGGGGCGAACACGCCGCGGAGCCGAAAACACCCACGGCGAAUACCUAUUUAUCGCAGUCACAAGCCACAUCCAAUUCAGCUGCAAUUCCGUUCCCUGUCUUGAAUGACGUCGGUGCAGGUGGGUAUUAUCCAGAGCGUGAACCGCCUGUUUUCGAUUCCCGUGACAGCACUACUGGGAGUCAGGCGUUGAAGGGUAGAAGGAGAUCCACAGCAGGUCCCCACGACAAUCAGCCCAUCUAUCAUUCUCAUAGCC